AUCAUUGCCAUCCCUGGCCUUGGAGCGGACCCUGAAUACACAUGGAAGAAAGACAAGGUGCAUUGGCUGCGAGAUGCCAACAUGUUGCCAAAAAAGAUUCCACAUGCCAAGAUUAGCGUUUUCCAGUACCAAUCACAAUGGUUUGGAAAGGGAUCUGUCGACGAACGAAUAGACAAUGUGGCAAACAAGCUGCUUCAUGGACUAGAUCGAUCAAGAGUAAACGAAGCAAAGACACCUAUUAUUUUCAUUGCUCAUUGUCUGGGUGGCAUUAUCUUAGAAAAGGCUCUACUCAUGGCACGAUCCCGUCAAAGAGACUUUCCAAAUGUCUACCCCUGGGUUGCCGGCUGCUUUUUCCUAGGCACGCCAUUUCAUGGCACAUCCAGUCAGUCAAAAGCACUGGUUUUG